CGCAUAUCGAUUUCCGCGUUCUUCUCAAACGAACACCACAUCAUCAAUCAAGAUGACAACGUACAUCCCGUCUCUGACGCUGCCAGCGUUCCUCUUCGAGCAGCCUGCUGCCGCCAUCCUCCUGCCUGUCGCCGCCGGCACCGCCAUUGGCUUCGCCAUAUCUCCAUCUGAGACGAAAGCGUCGUAUGCAGCGUUGCGCCAGCCCCCUCUGAGGCCGCCGCCGUGGAUCUUCGGUCCCGUUUGGACUGCAUUGUACAGUGCUAUGGGAUAUGCUGCCUACCGCGCGUGGACCAUCGGCACCGCCAGCAUCGAUCCUCGCGUAGUUAAUCUCGCAAAGCAUGGAGCAACUCUCUACACCAUCCAACUCGUCCUCAACUUGGCUUGGACGCCACUUUUCUUCGGCUUCAAGAAGCCUGUAGCGGCGAGUGCUGAUAUCAUCGCUUUAACUGGCACGGUUGGCUACCUUGCUUACAUCUGGGGCCAAGUGGACGAGACCGCUGGCUGGCUGCUUGCCCCGUACCUGGGCUGGUUGGCGUUUGCCAACUAUCUGUGUCAUGGCUGCGGUUACCUGAACGGCUGGAAUUUCGACAAACCUAAGAGUGCUUGAUGAUGUUGAAUACAUCACACGAACGUCGGCAGUCGCUCCGGUCUUCUGACGGCAGCCUCGAGUGGUUGUGUACCUGGUUCACUGUUUUAGGUACUGCUGUACAUUGGCAGCAAGUCCCCACUCUGCUGAUCAACUUGUAAAGCACUUGUGCAAUAUGCUCACCACGUCGCCUGCUGUCUUUGCGCGACAGCGCUGUCAAGCAAACUGCAUUUGAAACCUGUCAGAGACGACACAGAC